AUGAGACAAAAGGGUCACAGACACGGAGGAGUGUCGCCUUGUGCCGCUUGUAAGCUUCUCCGGCGAAAAUGUGUGAAAGAUUGCGUCUUUGCUCCAUAUUUUCCAGCCAAAGAGCCUUACAAGUUUGCCAUUGUCCACAAGAUUUUUGGUGCUAGUAAUGUCAAUAAGAUGUUGCAGAUGCUGUCGGAGAACCACCGGAGCGACGCCGUGAACUCGAUUGUGUACGAGGCCAACGCGAGGGUGCAGGAUCCUGUGUACGGAUGCGUAGGGACAAUUUCAUCAUUACACAGACAGCUCGAGACUCUCCAAACUCAGCUCGCUUUUGCUCAGGCCGAGUUGGUACACAUAAGGACGCUCCGUUGUAUUGACACCAAACCUGCACCGCACACAGCGAGUGCCGCUACUUAUCCGGCGAACAAAGACUUCUCCAGUGACGUCGACAUGGCUUCUGUGUAUGCCGGAGAGUCCCUUUGGUCGUAG